AUGGCGGUGCUGCUGGAGUUCCCAUUGGAAGCUCCGGCAUCAGCACCAACGCACCCUCAACCUCCUCGCCCUCGGAUUCAGGCUCUACGAGCUUGGAUUCCCAAGUGUUGCGAAAUGCAUCGAGAUCGGUCUUCCAGAGAUCAUACUGUUGGUGGCUCUUUCCGAGUUUUAAAUGCAAGGAUGGGAUGUGGAUCUCCGCACGGAUCCGGCGUCUCCGACCUCGGCAUCCACAAGGAGGAGCGGCGACAACCCUGGACCCGUCCGCUAGUGCUGCUGAAUCUUCUUGGACGGACAUCCUACCUCUUCCAUGUUGGCUACAUGAUAGCCAUGGUGAGCUCUCUGCUCCCUGCAUCUUACAGUAGUUGCCCUAACAUUAUAGUUGGGCUGGAAAUGAACUUCUUCAGUUCGAUUUCUCGCCAGAAGAAGGCUGUGAAGAUCUUCCCCUGCCCUACCUCUGGACCUCUUCGCCCCAUCGUGUAA